GGUAUAGAACAAAUAUUGGCAUAUGCUAAUUAUUAUAUGCAACCAUUGUUAAUAAAUAGCCGUGUUAGAGCGAUUUACAUCUUAUUCAUAGCUGGUAUAAUGGCGUUCAGAACAAUCGUCACGAUCCUUCUGUUGUCGAUAGCCAUUUCUACUGGAAAUGGUGCAAUUCUUGAACCACUCGUGAACCUUUUGCUGAAUACGGACAAGCCUGUCUCGGAUCUGCAUAAGAGCCGUGUGCUUAACUUUACAGAGCUGAGUGGUCUGCACGGGUUUACGACGGAAGAACACACAGUGACCACCGACGAUGGGUACGUUAUCACCAUUUUUAGAAUGAGAAGAGGGGACUGUGACGAGUGUACAGGACGUCCGGUGCUGCUGAUGCAAGGCUUGUACCAGGGCCCGGAAGCGUGGCUGGACGCGGGCCCGGACGCGGGCCUGGCGUAUCUGCUGGCGAACGAGUGUCGCGAUGUGUGGGUCGGCAGCCAGCGCGGCACCGUCCACGCCAGGAAACAUGUCAAUCUAGAUCCAGAUAGAGAUGCAGAAUUUUGGCAAUUUUCGGUCGACGAAAUAGGUUUUUAUGACAUACCGGCUACUAUAGAUUAUAUUUUAAAAUGUACUGAAACAGAAAAACUGAAUUAUGUUGGCUUUUCCCAGGGUGUUGGAACGUUUGUCGUCAUGUGCUCCGAGAGGCCUGGUUAUUGCGACAAAGUUAAUAUGUUCAUAGCUUUAGCUCCGGCGACGAGACUUUACAAAACGAAGUCUGUGAUGUUUAGAGCUGUUUUUGAAAGUUUUUACGCAUUGGAAGAAACUUUGUCCUCGGCGGGCGUCAAUGAAGUCUUCGCUAGAGGAGGGUUCUUGCAAGGGCCGUUAGCUCAAAUGUGUGAGUCUCCAGCGAAAGCCCAGGCCCUUUGUGGUUCUGCGUACGGACUGAUAGAUUCAUUUCAUGCGGGAUCCGUAACUAAUGAAACGGUGCGACUGAUAGCCUCUCACUUUCCGGCUGGUACUUCAGCUCAUAAUUUGGCUCGAUAUGGGCAGGGUUUGCUUACGGAAAACUUUCAAAAAUUUGAUUAUGGAAAAGAUAAAAAUGUCGCAAUGUACGGCACAGAGCAACCACCGGUAUACAACGUGAGUGCUGUGACUGCGCCUUGCGCAAUUUUCUAUGGACUAAACGAUCAUAUCGUUGAUCCGGUAGAUGUGUUUUGGUUCAGGGAUCGAUUGCCGAACUUGAAGGAAGCGACGCCGAUAGCUGUCCCGCAGUGGAAUCACUUCGACAUGAUACACUCGAAAGACAUUAAACCAGUCGUCUUUGAUAAAUUCUUCCACUAUAUAUAAUUUAUUAAUAUUUGCGGUAAAGUUUGUUACCAUGUAAUUUUUUUCAAUACAUAAUAUAUUACUUAAAC